CAGUCAGUUGGUGAUUUUUCGUCAGUGGUUUUGUGUAUUGCUCGCGUUAGUUUUUCGUGUUGUCUUUUCGGUCGGUACAUAAAAAUGUCUUUCGAAGCUUAAGCUCUAUAUUUUGCGUAAAUCAUGAAAAAUAGCCCCUCACGUAAAUAUGAAAAUUUCUCCAGCGACCACCAAGGGAAAGAUACGGACAAGUAUUCGCUAGACAGCCAAGACACCGCAAGUGUGCAUUCGACUCCGGAAGAGGGCGGUGGGGGGCGGCGCAGUAAUAACGCAGGCGCCGGUGACAUGUGGAUCAGCGCCGUCGAGAGUUCUAUCCUUACCUGGGAGGAGGUGGCCGACCGGCUGAAGGUGGAUGUACGACGCGGGCUGUCAUGGCGCGAAGCCAACGACCGUAUCAACUUUGUCGGCCCCAACGAGUUCCAGGUGAAGGAAGAAGACCCCCUAUGGAAGAAGUACAUCGAGCAGUUUCAGAACCCACUCAUACUGCUGCUGCUUGGCUCAGCUGUGGUGAGCGUGUGCAUGCGACAGUUCGACGACGCCAUUUCAAUAACCGUCGCCAUUAUCAUAGUGGUGACAGUAGCAUUCGUGCAGGAGUACCGAUCUGAGAAGUCGCUUGAGGAGCUGAAUAAGCUUGUGCCGCCAACAUGCAACUGUUUACGCGAAGGCAGUCUAGAGCACUUCCUAGCCCGCAACCUGGUACCCGGCGACAUAGUGCAUCUCAAUGUCGGCGACAGGGUGCCCGCAGACUUGCGACUGUACGAAUCUACCGACCUAGCCAUAGACGAGUCUUCUUUCACCGGCGAAACUGAACCGGCUGUGAAGAACGUUUUACCGAGUAAAGCUGCCGCUGGUCGUGUUAAUAAGGAUAACAUUGCAUUUAUGGGCACCCUAGUGAGAUGUGGCAAUGCGAAGGGUAUCGUGGUGAGCACUGGCGAACGUUCAGAGUUUGGCGACAUUUUCCGCAUGAUGCAAGCAGAAGAAGCCCCCAAGACCCCACUACAGAAAUCUAUGGACACACUCGGCGCUCAGUUGUCUAUGUACAGCUUCUGCAUCAUCGGUUUCAUUAUGGUGGCAGGUUGGCUACAAGGGAAGGCUGUGCAAGAUAUGUUCACAAUUGGAGUUAGUUUAGCUGUCGCCGCGAUACCUGAAGGUUUACCUAUUGUUGUCACUGUGACACUGGCGUUGGGUGUUAUGCGUAUGGCUAAAAGAAAUGCCAUCGUCAAAAAAUUGCCCACAGUCGAGACUCUAGGGUGUGUUAACGUUAUAUGUAGCGAUAAGACAGGUACUCUAACUAAGAACGAAAUGACGGUGACCACGAUAUCGACGUCCGGCGGGCACAUAGCCGAGGUGACCGGCACCGGGUACAACGCGCGCGGCGACGUGCAGCUGCGAGCUUACAAGGGCCGCGACCUGGACGUCGCCAGGAUGGGUGUGCAGAGCAUGCUAGAGGUGGGUGUUUUAUGCAACAACGCGUACAUUCGCGACGAAACAUUGUACGGGCAACCGACUGAAGGCGCGCUACUGGCGUGCGCUUACAAGUACGGCUUAGAAGAUAUACGCGAUCAGUAUACGAGAUUACACGAGAUACCAUUCAGUUCAGAAACGAAGAUGAUGGUGGUGAAAUGUGCGCCGAAAUUCGGUGACGGGAAACUCAAAGAAGAAGUGUUUGUAAAAGGAGCAAUAGAGAAAGUUCUACCUCUUUGCACAAAAUACAUAGACAGCGCAGGCAACUACGCGCCCAUGACCAAAGAGAAACAGGCGGAUUUCAUCAGUGAGGCGUAUAAUAUUGGCCGAAUGGGUCUCCGCAUCAUCGGCAUGUGCAGGGGGGAUAGUCUGGAAUCUCUAACGUUCACCGGCACGUGCGGCGUGUGCGACCCACCCCGGCCUACUGUACGCGACGCGGUGCACACGUUGCGCAGGAGCGGCGUGCACGUCAAGAUGCUCACAGGCGAUGCCAAGCCCACCGCUCUGUGUGUCGCACAAAUGGUUGGUCUCGAUGUUCUGCAUUCACAGUCGCUUAGUGGUGAUCAAUUGGACACUAUGUCAGAAGAUGAACUCGACAGGAUCAUUGAUACAGUGAGCGUAUUUUAUCGAGUAACUCCGAAACAUAAGCUGUCAAUAGUAAAGUCACUGCAAAGGCUCGGAAACAUAGUCGGUAUGACAGGUGAUGGUGUAAACGAUGGCGUGGCUCUAAAAAGGGCUGAUAUCGGUAUAGCGAUGGGCCGUAACGGAACUGAUGUCUGUAAGGAAGCCUCCGAUAUGAUAUUAGUCGAUGAUGAUUUUGCUACUAUUAUUGCGGCGAUAGAAGAGGGCAAAUGUAUAUUCUACAACAUUCGCAACUUCGUGAGGUUCCAACUGUCCACUUCGAUCGCUGCGUUAUCCCUUAUCGCUCUCGCCACGCUAAUGGGAAUACCUAAUCCACUUAACGCCAUGCAGAUACUAUGGAUCAACAUUAUCAUGGACGGUCCUCCGGCACAGUCUCUCGGAGUGGAGCCAGUAGACCACGAGGUGGUGAGGCGGAGGCCACGAGACACCACCCGCCGCAUCAUCUCACGUGGACUCCUCCUCAACGUGCUACUCGCAGCCGCCAUAAUCAUAGCUGGCACACUGUGGGUGUUCAACAGAGAGAUGUCAGACAACACCAUCACACCUCGUGACACCACCAUGACGUUCACGUGCUUCGUUCUGUUCGACAUGUUCAACGCCCUCUCCUGCCGAUCGCAGACCAAGUCUGUGUUCCAAGUCGGAUUGUUCUCUAAUAAGAUGUUCCUGGUGGCGGUAUCGUUGUCGCUGGUUGGUCAGAUGCUGGUGAUCUACUUCCCUCCGCUGCAGCGAGUGUUCCAGACAGAGGCUCUCACCGCACAUGAUCUCAUAUUCCUAGUCUGCCUCACGUCCAGUGUAUUCAUAGUCAGCGAAGUGAAGAAACUGAUCGAGCGAACUUUGAAGAAGCGCUCCUAUGGAAAGUUCUCGACGAAAGCCCACGACGCCAUGGACUUUGUAUGACACGAGACCCAGAGGAAGGAACAGUAAGCGAACCGACGAGCGCCACUGAUACCGGUCACUGUGACAGUAUGGUACGUGGAACUGCUAUUUAUCGCGUAUCAAGUGACGCGGCGUGCGUAUUCAGUGACAGAUGUCAGUGUAACGUAAACGGCGGCGAAGGACCGUACUGUAUUUAUGACGGCAAAUUUGAUAUUCCUCAACGUAUUUAGUUCGGUUGUUUGCAGCAUUUGUUUGUUUCGUGUGUCUGUGUUUAUUUUUAAGUAAUUUAUUUAUUUUUUUAGUGAUGAUUUUUUUAAUUUUAAGUUUAAAGUUAGUAUGGUAUUAGUGAAUUCUUUUUUAUUAAAUUUGAGUUUCUCCUGAUGUCGUGAAUGUUGAUGAAUGUGAUUUUUAGUGAAUGUAUGUGAUUUAUGUGAGCAUGGUAUAUACUAUUACACGUCAGGUUAGGGCAUUUAAAAUGUGAUAUUUCUACAAUCGAUUUUAAACUUUAAGAGUGUGUUUUCACGUGAAGUCCGUGUUUUGCUUUGACGAUAGAUUGUUAAUAAACUUCAAGACUAUCAAUUGCAGCCACGUAAACGUAGAACGUCACUACGUUGACGUGAUGACGUAAACGGCAAGCGAUUGGCCUGAGGCAUUUUUAAUGUGGCUACUAUAUGCACAUUAAAAAUGCACACACAAUAUAGAUUACACUUUAGGGUGACAGUUGUGCAACGAUCAUUUUACCUUUAUAGUGGGAAUACGAGCUUAUUGUUUAGAAAUAAAGGUUUAAAAUUGAUUAAAGGAUAUUUUCAGUUUUAUGAUGACCUACCUGAACUACUGUUGACUGUAUUAUUUCAAUUUAGAAUGUGAUAGUUCUAUUAAUGUAACGAUGGUUGUAGUUUUAUUAUUCUCAAUAUGUAUGACAACUUAAAAAAAAAAAACUAGAACAACAUUUCCGAGUUGUGUGUUUGCCAUAUAUUACUAUCAACUAAUUUUAAAAGUAAAAAAGAGUAUUUUAUGAAAAUGAAAUCAUAUGUAUUGAGAUAGAAUCUAUAUUUGCAUGAGGUUUUUUUUUUUACUUUUUAACACCUUUUGAUUAAGAACGGAUCUGAAUUAGAUUAAGUGCGGUAUAUUAGCUCGAGAUUCGUACAAAAAGUACAUACUUGUUACUGUCUAACUGUUUGUCGAAUUAGUUCUUCAUUGAGUUUAAUAAAUAUACGGGUUUAUUUGUGAACCAACUUGUAGGAUUGUAUAUUUAACAUCAUAAAUAACAAUGACUUGAUGUUUUUUUUUUCUUGCAAAGAUUUAUUUUACAUUAAUUUAACGCUCAAGUGUUAAUAACUCUAUGUGCAUCUAGUAGUAUAUAAAUACUUCAUACAGCGCGGAUAUAGCGUCGUUUUUUCGUUUAUGAAUAAAAUAGGUCUAUAAAUGUCACGGCAGCACAACAGAUUUAUUGACAUAUAUAUAUUAUAAAUAAAUAUGCGGGUAUAUUUCAUUAAAAAUAUUAUUAUUUUCGGCACCGCAACGACAAUCCAUUGAUAUUGGGCAUGUUGUCAAUCCUUUGCAAUAGGUAUACAUGCGGAAAAUAUGACAUCAUUGAAACGAAGGAAAUAUGACAUCAAUUCAAAGUUAUAUAGAAAUCAAAUGUUGUUUAUAAUAUGAAAUAUUGAGUCCUGCGAUUUUGCUGGUGUUUCACGAAUAAUAACCCUGAUUAUUGUGAUUAUUUAAAAGAUAUAUUGAUUCGCUUUUAAUAAUUUAUAUGAACUGAACAUUAUCAAAGCAUUCCUGUUUCAGUGAGGACUACAUUUGUCUUCGCUUAAGAUAUUUAUCAGUAUACUGCUUAUUAGUGGCAAUGAUUCUUAGCCAUUAAUAAAUAUGAAAAAUUUAGUAACAUGAACAUAAAAUCAGCAACUUUUGUUGUUAGAUGUAACCAAACCAUAUUAAAUAAUAAUGCGAUAAGCCGCUCAAAUAGUUUCGCUUCUAUAAUAUUAUUACGAAGUAGAAUACACGUUACUUUCCACAAAGUAAACCACAGUAACCACACGUUACUUUCCACAUAUCAAAACGAAAAUGCACCAUAUUCCUUCUUCAUAAAGUAUUUCAAUUGAAAUAAUUUUUAACUUAAGGUUUAUUACAUAGAAACAAUGACUUGUAGAAAAUAAGGAAUUCUUUCAAGAUUAUCAUAUGCAAGCGCGUAACGGCACCAUCAAAUUUGGUCGU